AUGCAACCUUUUUAUGAACAAAGCAACUCUAUACCUAAAAUUAUUCUUUUGUCGAAACUUGUUAGGAGUAAUAUUGCAUGGUUUAUUCCAAAAAAUAAUUCUUUAGGUUCUAAGAAGUUGAUAAUCAAGACAGUUUUGACUUUAAGCCUGUUUGUAUUACUUGCGGCUCUCACCAUUUCGCAACCACAAAGAAAGGUAGAACGCAAUACAAAACGUACUUGUAAAUUAUAA